UAUUAAUCCUCACAUUACGUUACAUUUAUACAGUGCUACUGUACUGCUUCUCUACACCGGAACUUCCUGACACCGGAACUGAAAUCUGCAGUACUGCGUGCGGGAGACAGUAUAGCAUGUAACACACGUUUGUGCCCUGCAUGCUGGGGACUUCUGCAAGAGUUUCAGUGUAAUUAUGGCGAGAGUUGUCCGCAUCUUUAAGACUCUCAGGAACCACUGGAAGAAAAGCACUGUGGGUUUUUGCUUGCUGGCAUAUGGUGGAAAUUGGGCAUAUGGCAAAUACUGUGAUAACAUGUUGAGGAGGGCUGCAUGCCAGGAAGCACAGGUUUUUGGGAAUGAGCUGAUUUAUCCCAAUAUGGCAGUAAAGAAGGCAACAGUAUUCCUAAACCCAGCAGCUUGUAAAGGAAAGGCCAGGAGUCUGUUUGAAAAGAACGCAGCUCCCAUUUUACACUUAGCGGGCAUAGAUGUUACUGUGGUAAAGACAGACUAUGAAGGACAAGCUAAAAAACUACUGGAUGUAAUGAAGCAUACAGAUCUCAUCAUUGUGGCUGGAGGAGAUGGAACACUGCAAGAGGUUAUCACAGGUCUCCUCCGCAGGGCCGAUCAGGCCUCAUUCAGUAAGAUUCCUAUUGGAUUCAUCCCUCUGGGAGCAACCAACAGCCUCAGUCAUACCCUUUUCCCUCAGACGGACAAUAAAGUUCAGCACAUAUCUGAAGCUACACUUUCCAUCCUGAAAGGAGAGACUAUAAAACUAGAUGUUCUACAGAUAAAGGGAGAUCAAGAUCAAGCAGUUUUGCCAGUAAAUGGAUUGCGAUGGGGCAGCUACGAGACACAGCUGCUAAAGUUAGCAAGUAAAUAUUGGUAUCUCGGUCCAUUAAAGGCUAGAGCUGCUCACAUGUUCAGCACUCUGAAGGAUUGGCCCCAACGACAUCAGGCUUCUAUUAUGUAUCUGGGCCCUACAGAAAGACCCCCUGAAGAGUCUGAUGAAAAGCCAGCUCGUGCUCCAUUGUAUAUUAGAAUAUAUCGCAGGCUUGCUCAGUACUGGGCUCCUCCAAAAGUUGAAGUUCCAGUAGAAGAAACUCCAGUGCCCUGGGAGGAAGCCCAGCUGUCUGCAAUCGAACUGUCUUUUACUACUCAGAAUCACCAACCAAAUCUCUUGCGCACAAUGGAUUCCAUGAGUAUUUGUAUAGAGCCCGACACUAUUGGUAAAGGAGACUUCAUCCGUCUGGGCACACAGAAGAUAAAUGAUCCCCUUUUGUGUCCUAAAGACAGCCAAGUUAUCCAAGCCAGUCACUGCAGCCUGCAGCUCCCAGAGGGCACAGAGGGGCAUUUCAGCAUUGAUUCUGAAGAGUAUGAAGCUAUGUCUGUAGAGGUAACGCUCCUGCCACGUAAACUGCAGUUCCUCUGCCACCCCACACGGAAACAGCAGCUUAGUCAGAACAUUUCAGAGGACGUGAGCACUUAGAUACCUGGUUAAAGGAAUACGACGCUGCAGCUCCACACAAGGACAUACUAAAGCACAAGCUCUAAAGUAUGGUCUUCUUGAUGCAAGAGGGAUAACCGGUCUGCUACCAGCGUGCUUUGUAAAUCCGUUAAAGAUACUGCAAGUCCGUCCUGUUAGAAGUGACGUUACCUACAUUGUUCAUCUGUAAAUGUAUGGCCGAUUUUAUAAACAGAUGAGCAGCCUUUAAUCUGGGCUUUGUGCAUUUUCUGUAUAAGUGACACACAAAUCACCAUCAAUAUACAAAGGUCUUAUUAAAACAAAACUAUGGUCAAUUAUAACCAAACGUGUUUAUUAAAGAAAAUGGAUUUAA